CCUAUGGUCACUAUCAGUCAGUUUUAUGACCUGCCAUUACAAAUUAUUGCGGCUGGGGAGGGCUGGAAAAUAUUCCUCUGUUUCUCUGAGGGGUGAUCAGAGAGAAGAACUGUCCUCUCUUUAGACAUCGUCAUGGAAACUCUGAAACUGUCCAUCGUGGCCCUGUGUCUGCUGGAGGUUUUGGGUUCAACCACCGCCAAAGGUAAGAGACCCACCUGACACACCUUUACUGUGGAUGGUCACCUGACCUGACUUAGCUCUUCUCCUUCUCUUCUCAUCAACUUACUUCUAGACAACCACUGUUACUUUCUUCUGUGUUGUGUUUGUCAUUAUAUUCACUAUUUUCAUUGGUUUCUACUUUCCUUCUUCUCUCCUCUCAAACCUUCUCUCUCUCCUUUCACAAACAUAUCUCCUCACUCCAUCCUCAUACUCUCUCUCUCACUUGAUCUCGUUCUUCUCCUACUCUUCCCUCUGCUUGAUCUCCUCUCUCUUGUCUUAAACUUCUAAACUCUUAAUGCCCUCUCUCUCUUCUCUCACUCCUCUGUUCAUCCUCCUCUCUCACUUUGCUACACAAGUUCUCCUGAAUCUGCCAAAACAACAAAGUAGGAAACAACUACUAUAUGCAGUCCUGAUUGAAACCCAUUACAUUAUGUAACUGAAGCCCUGUCUGUAGCCUCCUAUCUAUAGUAUGUUACUGUAGCCUCCUAUCUACAGUAUGUUACUGUAGCCUCCUAUCUACAGUAUGUUACUGUAGCCUCCUAUCUACAGUAUGUUACUGUAGCCUCCUAUCUAUAGUAUGUUACUGUAGCCUCCUAUCUAUAGUAUAUUACUGUAGCCUCCUAUCUACAGUAUGUUACUGUAGCCCCUAUCUACAGUAUGUUUCUGUAGCCUCCUAUCUACACUAUGUUACUGUAGCCUCCUAUCUAUAGUAUAUUACUGUAGCCUCCUAUCUACAGUAUGUUACUGUAGCCUCCUAUCUAUAGUAUGUUACUGUAGCCUCCUAUCUACAGUAUGUUACUGUAGCCUCCUAUGUAUAGUAUAUUACUGUAGCCUCCUAUACACAAUAUGUUACUGUAGCCUCCUAUCUACAGUAUGUUACUGUAGCCUCCUAUCUACAGUAUGUUACUGUAGCCUCCUAUCUACAGUAUGUUUAGUUGGAGGAGAUAAAAGGCCAGGCUAGUGAAGUAUGAUAGUCUACACUAUAUGGCUCCUGGAGCCUGACCAAAGACCAGUCCAUAGGGUGUUCAUCUCUAUCCCCUCUGAUCUCUCUCUUCACACACUCUCUCAAAGUCCGCUCAAAGUAGAUUAUAUAAAAUAUUACAGAAGUGAAAACAUUUGUAUUUGUACAUUGCUGAAAUGUUUGAAAAGUGUUGAGAGCUAGAGGAGUUCAGAUAAGUGUGUUUUUGAUAAGUGUGUUUUUGAUAAGUGUGUUUUAGAUAAGUAUGUUUUAGAUAAGUGUGUGUCCCUGCCCCAGUUGAGGAGGAGAACCCAGAGUUCUGGAGGGUCCAGGGUGCCAAGGCUUUGCAGGCGGCGCUGAACAGGAAAUUGAACACCAAUGUGGCCAAAAACAUCAUGCUCUUCCUGGGUGACGGUGAGUGACCAAUCACCGUCCAAACCUCACAUCAGUGGUGUAAGCGAUGUAAAUAUGAACAUUACAAAAAUGUAUUAAACGUACACAAAUCGUACAUAACAAAUAUAUUGAGUAAAACUCAUUCGAAGCCUCCUUUUCCAGCCUAUUCUAAUUCACCAGUUACAGUGCAGUUCAACCCCAGAGUAUUUCUCUGUGCCAUUCUCCCCAAGGUAUGGGCAUUACCACCAUCACAGCAGCUCGAAUCCUCAAGGGCCAGAUGCACAACCAGUCUGGAGAGGAGACAGUGAUGACCAUGGACACUUUCCCCCAUGCGGGCCUCCUCAAGGUACACACACACACACACACAGAGGAAGAGAUUGCGUCUGUUGUGUAUUGAUGUGUAUAAUGAUGUACACUACCGUUCAAAAGUUUUGGGUCACUUAGAAAUGUCCUUGUUUUUGAAAGAAAAGCUAUUUUCCUGUCCAUUAAAAUAACAUCAAAUUGAUCAGAAAUACAGUGUAGACAUUGUUAAUGUUGUAAAUGGCUAUUGUAGCUGGAAACGGCUGAUUUUUAAUGGAAUAUCUACAUAGGCGUACAGAGGCCCAUUAUCAGCAACCAUCAGUCCUGUGUUCCAAUGGCACGUUGUGUUUGCUAAUCCAAGUUUAUCAUUUUAAAAGGCUAAUUGAUCAUUAGAAAACCAUUUUGCAAUUAUGGUUAGGUCACGAUGUGAUUUGGGUGUCCAUUCUAGGUUUUCUAUUUCUUUGUUGGCCGGGUGUGGUUCCCAAUCAGAGGCAGCUGUCGAUCGUUGUCUCUGAUUGGGGAUCAUACUUAGGCAGCCUUUUUCCCACCUUAGUUUGUGGGAUCUUGUUUCUGGUUAGUAGCUGUGUAGCCUGCAGAACUUUACGUUUGUUUGUAUUUUGUUGUUUGAUCUGUGUUCAGCUAAUAAAUUAUAAUGUUCGCCUACCACGCUGCACCUUGGUCCGAGCCGUCAAUCAACGAGCGUGACAGAAGAUCCCACCACAAACGGACCAAGCAGCGUGGCCAGGAGGAGCAGACAUGCUGGGGCACACGGGGUGGUUGGCGAAGCAGCAGGAGGCCCUGAAAGGGCUGACUGUGGAGGAGGAGGAGGCCGCUAUGAUAGAGGCCCUCCAAGACCUGCAGCUCAGCACUCUGAGAGAGGAGACCACCACCUUACGGGGGCUGAUAGCUAAGAGGGAGCAGGAGAUCUCCCUUCAGAGGGAGGCGCUGCAGGAGGCCCACAGGGAUAAGGAGUCAGUGGAUGCACUGAGAGAGGAGCUGGCCAGGCAACAGGAGGAGCUGAGAGAGGUGUUAACCCUCCAGCAGCAGAGAGCUCAGUCCUUAGAGCAGAGGUUGGCGGAGCCAGGUUUCAGACCAGAGCCAACUCCCUGCACUCGCGUUAAGGAGCGUGGGACCGUUCAGGCACCCUGUUAUGCGGUGAUACGCACUGUGUCUCCAGUGCGCAUUCACAACCCGGUGCGCUUGGUGCCCGCGCCCCGCACUUGCCGGGCUAAAGUGAGCGUCCAGCCAGGACGGGUUGUGCCUGCUCCUCGCACCAAACCAGUGGUGCGUGUCCCCAGCCCGGUAUGGCCCGUGCCUGCUCCUCGCACCAGACCAGUGGUGCGUGUCUCCAGUCUGGUACGGCCCGUGCCUGCUCCUCGCACCAAACCAGUGGUGCGUGUCCCCAGUCCGGUACGGCCCGUUCCAGCGCCACGCACCCGACAUCCAGCGAGGGUCCUCUGCUCCAGUCCGGUGCCAGAUUAGUCCGCUCCACCGGUGCCUAGUCCAGCUCCGGUCAGCUGCUCCAGUCCGGUGCCAGAAUAGUCCGCUCCACCGGGGUCCAGUUCAGCUCCGGUCAGCGGCUCCACUCCAGUGCCAGAGUAGUCCGCUCCACCGGUGCCAAGUCCAGCUCCGGUUAGCUGCUCCACUCCAGUGCGGGAGCAGUCCGCUCCACCAGUGUCUAGUCCAGCUCCGGUUAUCUGCUCUUCCCCCAUGCCGUAGCCAUCCGCUCCACCGAGGUCUGAGCCGGAGCCAGAUGUCAACCCCUCUCCGGGGUCGAGGGCUCCCACACCAGGGUCCAGACAGGGCUUGGUGCAUCACGGGAGGACUGCUGGGCCGGGACCAGACAUCAGCCCCUCUCCAGGGUCGAGGGCUCCCACACCAGGGUUCGGACAGGGUUUGGUGCAUUGUGGGAGGACUGAGAGGGGAAGCAUCGCGCCGGGGUCCAGAACGGACCGGGUGUGCAACGGGGAGGCAGGAAGGGAGACGAGGUUAAUACCUAUGUCGCACCCGGAGCCGCCACCGAGGCUAGAUGCCCACCCGGACCCUCCCCUAAUGAGUCAGGUUGUUGCGGCCGGAGUCCGCACCUUUGGGGGGGGGGGGGGUACUGUCACGCCCAAAUCACCGGUGUGAUUUCGGUGUCCAUUCUAGGUUUUCUAUUUCUUUGUUGGCCGGGUGUGGUUCCCAAUCAGAGGCAGCUGUCGAUCGUUGUCUCUGAUUGAGGAUCAUACUUAGGCAGCCUUUUUCCCACCUUAGUAUGUGGGAUCUUGUUUCUGGUUAGUAGCUGUGUAGCCUGCAGAACUUUACGUUCGUUUGUAUUUUGUUGUUUGAUCUGUAUUCAGUUAAUAAAUUAUAAUGUUCGCCUACCACGCUGCACCUUGGUCCGAGUCGUCAAUCAACGAGCGUGACAAGUAUCUGGAGCAUCAGCAAUUGUGGGUUCGAUUACAGAAUCAAAAUGGCCAGAAACAAAUAACUUUCUUCUAAAACUCGUCAAUCUGUUCUUGUUCUGAGAAAUGAAGGCUAUUCCAUGCGAGAAAUUGCCAAGAAACUGAAGAUCUUGUACAACGCUGUGUACAACUCUCUUCACACCAGUCUCAACGUCAACAGUGAAGAGGCGACUCCAGGAUGCUGACCUUCUAGGCAGAGUUGCGAAGAAAAAGCCAGACUGGCCAAUAAAAAUAAAAGAUUAAGAUGGGCAGUCUGAGAUAUGGCUUUUUCUUUGCAACUCUGCCUAGAAGGUCAGCAUCCCGGAGUCGCCUCUUCACUGUUGACGUUGAGACUGGUGUUUUGGUGGUACUAUUUAAUGAAGCUGCCAGUUGAGGACCUGUGAGGCGUCUGUUUCUCAAACUAGACAUUCUAAUGUAUUUGUCCUCUUGCUCAGUUGUGCACCAGGGCCUCCCACUCCUCUUUCUAUUCUGGUUAGAGCCAGUUUGCGCUGUUCUGUGACGGGAGUAGUACCCAGAGUUGUACGAGAUCUUCAGUUUCUUGGCAAUUUCUCGCAUAGAAUAGCCUUCAUUUCUCAGAACAAGAAUAGACUGACGAGUUUCAGAAGAAAGUUAUUUGUUUCUGGCCAUUUUGAGCCUGUAAUCGAACCCACAAUUGCUGAUGUUCCAGAUACUCAACUAGUCUCAAGAAGGCCAGUUUUAUUGCUUCUUUAAUCAGCACAACAGUUUUCAGCUGUGCUAACAUAAUUGCAGAAGGGUUUUCUAAUGUUCAAUUAGCCUUUUUAAAAUUAUAAACUUGGAUUAGCAAACACAACGUGCCAUUGGAACACAGGACUGAUGGUUGCUGAUAAUGGGCCUCUGUACGCCUAUGUAGAUAUUCCAUUAAAAAUCAGCCGUUUCCAGCUACAAUAGCCAUUUACAACAUUAACAAUGUCUACACUGUAUUUCUGAUCAAUUUGAAGUUAUUUUAAUGGACAAAAUAAUACAUUUUCUUUUGAAAACAAGGACAUUUCUAAGUGACCCCAAACUUUUGAACGGUAGUGUAUGUAUGAGGUGCAAGCUCAUGCGUACAUAUGUGUCCUGUGUACUUAUGCAUUGAUUUUUGAUGUCCUGAUGCAGGUGUGUAGUUUAUUAAUGUGUAUUCCUUUCUAUCCCUUAAUGUCUGCAUGUACUGUCUGUCUGCAGACGUACAGUGUUGACUUCCAGAUCCCUGACAGUUCAUCCACAGCCACAGCCUACCUCUGUGGUGUUAAGACCAACCUGAACACGGUCGGGGUGAACGCUGCUGCACGCAACGGAAUCUGCAAGACCCAGAAGGGCAACGAGGUCACCUCCAUUCUCAAGUGGGCCAAAGAUGCUGGUAGGAACCAUAUCUCUGUCCAACUUCCCACAUCACUAGGGCCCCGAGUUUGUCCUGAUCCAGUUGACUUACCAGGAAAACCUUACAGCCGAUAACUAGGGUCCAGAGUUUGUCCUGAUCCAGUUGACUUAUUAGGAAAACCUUACAGCCGAUAACUAGGGUCCAGAGUUUGUCCUGGACAGGUUAUAUAAUCAGGUGGGUGUUAGAUACCGAUACAAAGCACAAAUAAACAUGAGAGAUAACAGUUGGCUAGAUGUUCAGUUGUGUCGAUCAGCACCCUCGAUAGCUGGAGUCUGGGCCCUCUGGCUUCUCUGGUGAUCAGGUGUUGUGGUCUGGUGUAAUACUGUGCUGCUGAUGGAGGCAGGUGAAUGUUACCUUGACUGUUAUCAUGUGCCCUUAUCACCAACCAUAAAUAUAUCAUAACUCCACAGCCCUGACCCCUACAAAGAAAACUGAUAUCCUUUCAGAGAGAGAGCGAGAGAGAACUCAAAAGCAACCGUGUGUUUGAUAGAGAGAGCAAUAUAGAAAGCGCUUCCAGCAGCAGUAAAACUGAUGAAUUGCUUGCUAUGCGCAUAGCAACUGUAAAUAUUCUAAUUUCAAUGCCGUAUAAUGUGAUAGCUGACACACAAACACAGCCACAUGGCUAUAUCACACAUUAAAUAUACAGUUAGUAUUCAAACCAAGGUAGAGUAUUUUGAUAGUCAACAAAGUUUGACGGAAAACUUUCUCCCUGACCCUCUCCCUCCCUCCUUCCUUCCUGAUUUCCUCCUCUCCCACCUUUCUUCUUUCCUUACCUCUCACUCUUCCUCCUUCCCACCCUCAUUCCCUCCUAGGUAAAUCCGUUGGCAUCGUCACGACAACGCGGGUCCAGCAUGCCACUCCUGCCGCAACCUAUGCCCACAGUGCCAGCAGGAAGUGGUACAGCGAUGCAGACGUGCCCGCCUCCGCCAAGAAAGAAGGAUGCACAGACAUCGCCUCUCAGCUCCUCAACAACACUGACAUUGAUGUGAGCAGUCAGAACCCCUCUAUUGACCCAGAUAGUUAUUGUUAUUCAUGUCCUCUAAGUUCCUCUAUUGACCCAGAGAGUUAUCGUUAUUCAUGGGCUCUCAGCUCCUUUAUUGACCCAGAGAGUUAUUGUUAUUCAUGCCCUCUCAGCUCCUCAACAACACUGACAUUGAUGUGAGCAGUCAGAACCCCUCUAUUGACCCAGAGAGUUAUCGUUAUUCAUUAGAUCUCAGCUCCUCUAUUGACCCAGAGAGUUAUUAUUAUUCAUGGGCUCUCAGCUCCUCUAUUGACCCAGAUAGUUAUUGUUAUUCAUGGGCUCUCAGCUCCUCUAUUGACCCAGAGAGUUAUUGUUAUUCAUGGGCUCUCAGCUCCUCUAUUGACCCAGAGAGUUAUUGUUAUUCAUGGGCUCUCAGCUCCUCUAUUGACCCAGAGAGUUAUUGUUAUUCAUGGGCUCUCAGCUCCUCUAUUGACCCAGAGAGUUAUUGUUAUUCAUGGGCUCUCAGCUCCUCUAUUGACCCAGAGAGUUAUUGUUAUUCAUGGGCUCUCAGCUCCUCUAUUGACCCAGAGAGUUAUUGUUAUUCAUGGUCUCAAUGGGUCAACAGAGGAGCUGUGAGUCCAUGAAUAACAAUAACUCUCUGGGUCAAUAGAGGAGCUGAGAGACCAUGAAUAACAAUAACUCUAAGCUCCUCUAUUGACCCAAAGAGUUAUUGUUAUUCAUGGCCUCUCAGCUUCUCCAUUGACCCAGAGAGUUAUAGUUAUCUGGUUGGGAGCAAGCUGAUCGCCUCACAGUUGUUAUUGUUAUUAAAUAUCAACCCUGACCAUGAACAUGAAUGAUGUGUCCGUCUCCAGGUGAUCAUCGGCGGGGGGAGGAAGUACAUGACCCCUAAGGGCACCUGGGACCCAGAGUACCCCCGAGACAUGGCCUCCAGUGGCAAGAGACAGGACGGACGCCACCUCAUCUCUGAGUGGCAGAAGAUGAAAGUCGGAAAGGUAGAGAGAGAAAAAAACAGUGGAACAAUAAAUUGACACACAACAUUGGUUAAUUCAGGCACAAAUUUGCCCAAAGACGUGUAUUCAGACUGCCCCUCUCUCUCUCCUUCUCUGUCUGUAUGUCUGCCUGCCUGCCUGCCUGUCUGUCUGUCUGUCUGUCUGCCUGCUUGCCUGUGUGUGUGACAGGUGGCUCGUUACGUGUGGAACAGGACUGACUUUGACGCUGUGGACCCUGACACCACUGACUACCUUAUGGGUAAAAGAUUGUAGUAUUCGGUCAAUUCUUCUGUGUAUUCUGGAAAGUUGGGUAUUUGAAGGUCACAACAAACAUUACUGCUGAUGUUUCCUGUAUAUCAAUAGACACUGGGGUGUCCUUGGUUGUUUCACUUUCUUACACUUUGCAAUAGAGUACCUGAUCCUGCCUUAUCUAUUCUUACAUCACUUAGCCUACAUACAGUGGGGAGAACAAGUAUUUGAUACACUGCCGAUUUUGCAGGUUUUCCUACUUACAAAGCAUGUAGAGGUCUGUAAUUUUUAUCAUAGGUACACUUCAACUGUGAGAGACGGAAUCUAAAACAAAAAUCCAAAAAAUCACAUUGUAUGAUUUUUAAGUAAUUAAUUUGCAUUUUAUUGCAUGACAUAAGUAUUUGAUCACCAACCAACCAGUAAGAAUUCCGGCUCUCACAGACCUGUUAGUUUUUCUUUAAGAAGCCCUCCUGUUCUCCACUCAUUACCUGUAUUAACUGCACCUGUUUGAACUCGUUACCUGUAUAAAAGACACCUGUCCACACACUCAAUCAAACAGACUCCAACCUCUCCACAAUGGCCAAGACCAGAGAGCCGUGUUAAGGACAUCAGGGAUAAAAUUGUAGACCUGCACAAGGCUGGGAUGGGCUACAGGACAAUAGGCAAGCAGCUUGGUGAGAAGGCAACAACUGUUGGCGCAAUUAUUAGAAAAUGGAAGAAGUUCAAGAUGACGGUCAAUCACCCUCGGUCUGGGGCUCCAUGCAAGAUUUCACCUUGUGGGGCAUCAAAGAUCAUGAGGAAGGUGAGGGAUCAGCCCAGAACUACACGGCAGGACCUGGUCAAUGACCUGAAGAGAGCUGGGACCACAGUCUCAAAGAAAACCAUUAGUAACACACUACGCCGUCAUGGAUUAAAAUCCUGCAGCGCACGCAAGGUCCCCCUGCUCAAGCCAGCGCAUGUCCAGGCCCAUCUGAAGUUUGCCAAUGACCAUCUGGAUGAUCCAGAGGAGAAAUGGGAGAAGGUCAUGUGGUCUGAUGAGACAAAAAUAGAGCUUUUUGGUCUAAACUCCACUCGCCGUGUUUGGAGGAAGAAGAAGGAUGAGUACAACCCCAAGAACACCAUCCCAACCGUGAAGCAUGGAGGUGGAAACAUCAUUCUUUGGGGAUGCUUUUCUGCAAAGGGGACAGGACGACUGCACCGUAUUGAGGGGAGGAUGGAUGGGGCCAUGUAUCGCGAGAUCUUGGCCAACAACCUCCUUCCCUCAGUAAGAGCAUUGAAGAUGGGUCGUGGCUGGGUCUUCCAGCAUGACAACGACCCGAAACACACAGCCAGGGCAACUAAGGAGUGGCUCCGUAAGAAGCAUCUCAAGGUCCUGGAGUGGCCUAGCCAGUCUCCAGACCUGAACCCAAUAGAAAAUCUUUGGAGGGAGCUGAAAGUCCGUAUCGCCCAGCGACAGCCCCGAAACCUGAAGGAUCUGGAGAAGGUCUGUAUGGAGGAGUGGGCCAAAAUCCCUGCUGCAGUGUGUGCAAACCUGGUCAAGACCUACAGGAAACGUAUGAUCUCUGUAAUUGCAAACAAAGGUUUCUGUACCAAAUAUUAAGUUCUGCUUUUCUGAUGUAUCAAAUACUUAUGUCAUGCAAUAAAAUGCUAAUUAAUUACUUAAAAAUCAUACAAUGUGAUUUUCUGGAUUUUUGUUUUAGAUUCUGUCUCUCACAGUUGAAGUGUACCUAUGAUAAUAAUUACAGACCUCUACAUGCUUUGUAAGUAGGAAAACCUGCAAAAUCGGCAGUGUAUCAAAUACUUGUUCUCCCCACUGUAUAUGUAUUGUGAACAUUGACUAAGCUGAUACUGACCCAUUUUAUCACACAUAACAUUUUUACCGGCUGAAGCGUAUUGAUUACGCUCUACAACUUUUUUAUUUUCUUACCUUACCUGAUCAACCCUGUUCCCUGCAGCCCUGUUUGAGCCUGGUGACCUGCGCUUCGACGUGGAGAGAGACCCCACCAUGGACCCGUCCAUCGCUGAGACCACAGAAAAGGCCAUCCGCAUCCUCAGCAAAAACCCCAAGGGAUUCUUCCUCCUGGUUGAAGGUGAGCAAAGGGUUAACCAAGCUGUCAGUCAAAGAAUCCAUCCAUUAACCAAAUCCCAACGGGUUUCUCCUUAAAAUAGGUGCACGGUUGUUUGUUAAAAUAUAAUCAAUCUAUUGAUCGAAUAAUCACACCACUUGCUUAUAUAAUUGAACACCAAGAUGCAUUGGUUUCAAUGUGUGUGUACCCGUAUUUUUGAAUCUUGAGUCAAUAUAGAGGUUAGUUAGUUGCUGUUCUGAUGCUAUGUGUGCCUCUCAGCAAGACGGUUAGGGACUGCAGUGCACUACAUGUAUCUGCAGACUGUAGUAGGAUCUGCAUGUACCUGCAUGUGUUUGCCACAGUGUGAGGACGUCACGAAUUCAGCCGAAGCUGCCCCUCCUCCUUGCUCGAGCAGGUUUCGGCGUUCGUCGUCACCGGCUUACUAGCCACUACCGCUCCAUUUAUCAUCACUCCACUUGUCUUGUCUUGUCAAUCACACACACCUGGGACUCAUUCCCUCAUUAGCCUGUGUAUAAGUGUUCCCUCUGCCCCCUUGUCCUUUGUGAGUGAUUGUUUGUUGUGAGAGUGGGUAGCUCGGUUGAGCUACUCUUUACUUGUAUGCAGCCAAGGUUGAUUUUCCCUUGUGCUAGUUUUGUUCUGUCGCUAUAUGCGCUACAGUAUUGUACACUGAAUAAACUUUUGAUUUCAGUGUUUUACCUCCUGCGCCUGACUCUGUCAUUCACACCUCAUCACAGAGGAGGGGGAACAUUAUGUUGUGAUGCGACAUAUUACUGUUCCACAGCGGUGGCUCUUGGACCCAGGCCCUCAUCCAUCCUACCUUUAAUCUGAGGCACCACCCUGGGACCUGAUUGUGCUGUUGAGCGUCUUGCAUCUACAACAAUGGGUUUUAAAUAACACAUAGCAGCAGGCUUUAAAUAGAGCUGGGCAUAUGGUGCACUGUACCCUCUCCUCCUGCUCCCUGGGGACCCAACAUAUUAGCCCAACUCCUCUCCACUUUCUGACUGCACUGAUGAGAGGAGAGCAGGAGCUAGGUUGGUUUUAAUUGGCUUAAUAAGUUACACGUGUAGUAGUGUCAUUUCAACUUUAUUUCAACAUUAUUCCAAUGUUAUUAGUGUUGUUUUUAUUUGAAUACCAGGAGCCAGUGUGUCACGACUUCCGCCGAGGCUGCCUCCCCUCCUUGUUCGGGCAGGUUUUGGCGUUCGACGUCACCGGCUUACUAGCUACUGCCGAUCCAUUUAUCAUCACUCCAUUUGUCUUGUCUUAUCAAUCACACACACCUGGUCCUUAUCCCUCAUUAGUCAUUGUAUAAGUGUUCCCUCUGCUUCCUUGUCUGUGUGGGUGAUUGUUUGUAGUGAGCUGUGUGUAGCUCGGUUGAGCUACACUUACCUUGUUGUUGCCAGGGUAGAAUUUUCCCCUGUGCCUAUGUAUUAUUGGAUUCUACCGUUUCAGUGUAUUUGCCAGGGAUGAGAGUUUCCCCUGUGCCUGUUUCGUUGAUUGCUAUUUGAGCGCAUUUGUGUGUCAACAAACGAAUAUACGCUGUAUUCGGUGAUUACCCACCUGCGCCUGACUCCUUUCAUCACACAGUGGCUCCUUGUCCCUUACACACAGACCUAGGGUCAGCUUACCUUCCCCCAAUCUUAACCUUAAAUCAUUAGAGAUGACACCAAAAUACUGAUCUUAGAUCAGUGUUUAUGGGUAACUUCAUCCUUCUCUUUCUCUCUCUGUGUGUCAGGUGGGCGUAUCGACCAGGGCCACCAUGCCAGCAGAGCCUCCAUGGCGUUGCACGAGACGGUUGCCUUUGACAACGCUGUCGCCAAGGGCCUGGAGCUGACCAAUGAGGAGGAGACUCUCACCCUGGUGACAGCUGACCACUCCCACGCCUUCACCUUCAACGGAUACCCCUUCAGAGGGCAAAGCAUUCUGGGUAAGCAAUGACCUCACAGAAACAACUUUCUGCAUGGAUUAUGGUUGAUGGUUUUCCCCAUAGAGUUAGAGUUGGUUAUUUUAGUCCUCAUUCUGAUUAUAGGGCUUUUGCACUUCAGUGUUUUUAUAAUUAAAGGAAUGUUUGGACAACAGUUUUUGGUGGUUCCAUGAUUAGAAGUUUGGGUCAGGUCAUGCUAAAUUCAUGAAAUUACCAAUAGUUUAAUUGGUUUAGUAAUGCUCUUAUGUAGUGAAGCAGUAGGCAUUUCUCCUCCCUUUACAUACACACACACACCCCUCCUCUGUGGACAGGACGUCCUAAUUCUGCCACCUCUCCCCCCACCUUUCUGCUCUGCACCUUCCUUCCCCAAGGUGUCACACCUCACAGCUGUGAUGACAUCAGAGGUGGUGGUGGUGUGCUCCACUAGACUGCCUCAGCCUCCAUCUGGGAGACGCCACUGGCACUUUGACAUUUCCUCUCCCCUGCAAUUACAGAGGAAAACAAACAGCUUAGAUCGUUCCCUCCCCUUUCCACCUCUCCCUCCCUCUAUCACUUCCUCUGAGACUCCCCAGCGUUCAGGCCUCCCUCCCUCCCUCCCUCUCCUCUCCUCCCUCCCUCCGCCUCUCCCUCUCUCUCUCUGUGGCUCCCCAUUGUUCAGCCCUCUCUCUCGCUCUCUCUCUGUCUCUGUGUCUGUGUGUGUGUGUGUGGCUCCCCAGUGGUCCAGCCUCCCAGGUCUUGGUGAUUAAUGCAGUAGUGAAACACUGAGCAGUUCAUCAGUAGGGGCUGGAAAGUCUAACAUCUAAUCUGUCUGGAGACAACCUGCUCGACCCCUAACUCCCUCGGGACACACUCCUCUCUCACUGUGUGUGUAAGACCUUUAAAUUGUGAUUAAUCCCGCUGUGUGUCUCCCACCUCUCACAGGGAAAUCUCCUCUGUAUGGGAAGGAUAUGCUGCCUUACACAACCCUGAUGUACGGAAACGGCCCUGGAUACAAAGUCGUAGACAACAAGCGUCCUGACAUCCGUAAAGUGGACACAAGUAAGAAACCAAAACUAUCUUCUGUUCUUGUAUAGCUUUCCUCUCUGUACUCUCCUCCCUUCUCCUUUGACCUUCUUGAUAAAUAUCACUCCUGCAGAAUGUUUAUCUCUCCAGUCAAUAUUCACAUAUGUAUUCACCAUUUACAUAUUUAUUCACCUUGGUCAGAGUCGAAGGACUACGUGCAGCUGUCUGCGGUGCCCCUGGACACUGAGACCCAUGGUGGGGAGGAUGUGGCGGUGCUGGCCCGCGGCCCCAUGGCCCACCUCUUCCAUGGGGUCCAGGAGCAGAGUUACCUUGCCCACGCCAUGGCCUACGCUGGCUGUGUGGGACGGGACCUCAGGCACUGUGAAGGUAGACCUCAACACACCAACACCAAGAGGAUCCUUGUCACUACUACUGAUGAUGAUAGGAACAGUGCACCAUCCCAGGUAUCCUCCAUCUCUCUGGUCACUGCCCUACUGGCUGCCCUGCUGCACUGAGAGACUGGUGGAGAAGAGGGAGGGAGGGAGAGAAAGCGAGAAUGAAAGAGAUCCAUCUGUUUUGCUACUCCUCUUAAACAAAGAAAUGUGCUCUGCACCAAAAUGAUUUUGUCAAAUUAUGUAAAUUAUGAGAAUACUCUAAUUUGUAUAUGUUUAUAUUUAAAUAAAUUAUAUAUUUGCUGCUAAUGAAAAGUAUAUGGACUAGAAGAUGAGCAUUCUGCCAACUUUGUCUUCAUUUCAGCUCUGAGUCAAUAAUAACACAUUGGUUAGUCAGAGAAAAGUGCUGUAGGCCUAUUUAGUGGUGUGAGGAAACCAUAGAAGGAUUAGGAUUGGGGAAUGACUAGUUCCCUCCUGGCGGCCAAAGCCGUUUGAUCUCCUAUUCUAAUUUCUACGUCGCUAAUUGAGGGUCGAGGGCGGCAAGUGUUUGAUGACAUUACUACAGCAGGUCAUUAAUAAUGCACAAUAUUUUAAGAUCCCAUAUUUCUGUCCCAUAAUGACAGAUUGUUGUAAUUAUUGUGUACAGCUGUUGCAGAGUUGAGCUAUUACGAGUGACAUGACCCUCUAAUUUUUAAAGCAUCAGGUCAUCGUUCCCUUUCUAGACACCCUUCCAACUACUGUCAUUGUAUUUAUGUGUAAUUGUAUAAUCCACCAUCCGCGUAGGCUACUUGUCGAGCAAAUAAGAGGAC